AUGUCCUCUUCAAUGACUCUCUCACCACCUCAUAUGCAUCUUUCAACCUCUGGAAAUGGUCAUUGUCCGCAAUCCUCGUUCUGCUACUAUCCAUCUCAUCACCAGCAGCAGUAUCCAACAAUGUUCGAACAUAAUAAUACUCACAUGACGAUGAUGACCAUGAUGGAUGUCACUCAUUCACCAUCGUCAACACCAUUGAAUUGUUCCCCAAUCCAUAAUAGCACUUCCACUGCUCAUUCUCUUCCAAUGUUGCAACAAAUCAGUUUGAAUGACAUUUCUAUUGGAGCACCAACCUUCUUGAAAUUAGACAUUCAAGAUAUCAUGCAAGCUUGGCGAGAAUUGUAUGGUGAAGAAGAUGAUGAUGAACAGAGACUCCCUUCAGAGAUCAGUAAUUAUGGCUUCAACAACAUGAUGACUGAUCAAGCUCACCAAUAA